CAGUGAAUGUACAUUCAGAGAAGAACAAAAACUGCUAGGUUCUAAGUUUUAUGAAUCACUGAAUAAGAUUCUGCCUCAAAGUGUGCAUGCAGGCAAACUAUGGCCAUGAUUACUUCUCUUGGGCUCAUCAUGUCAACAUUAUUGGCUGUCGGCAAUACAACUGAUUUUUACAUUGUGCCACAGCAUUUCGAUAUCGAUCCUGAGCAGUGCCUUCACCAGUACAAGGUACAGCCAUGUAGCACUCUUAGCAAAUUUAGCAAUGAGACAUUCGAUAUUCCGAGAAACGUGAGUAAUGUUUCUCUGCACUUUCUUCCCGGAUUGCACUACCUCUCUGACCACCAAGAUUUUAUACUUAGUUCCUUUGAAAGUGUAAGAGCAAUCAGAUACUGCACCAAUAACUGCAACACCGACACUGUGAUUAAUCUCCGCGGAAAAUAUAUCAAAAUAAUUAAUGUGGAUGAAUUUUCAGUAGACAGCUUAACAUUCAAUAAUGGGUAUCUACAGAUUGGAUAUGUCCGCUAUACCUUCAUCACAGGAAGCACAUUUUACCAAAAUGCUCUGUAUAUAUUUCAGAACAAAGACUAUUUCAAAAACUUUUAUAAACACAAAGUGGCAAUAACUAUAAAAAAUAGUAUGUUUUUAAGGAGUAAUGAUGGUGCAAUCACAAUCAAUACAGACAUAUGCCAUAUGCACAUUACCAACUGCACAUUUGAAUACAACGAUAACAAUGAAGGUGCUGGUGCUAUUGAUAUGAAUGCAAACAUCGUAGCGUUGUUACACAUCAGUGGCUGUGAGUUUAGACACAAUGAUGCUGAAAUUGUGGGUGGAGCCAUUUAUAUUUACGCUAUACAGAAUGGAAGCAUCGUUAAUGUUAUUGACAGCACUUUCACUGAUAACACUGCUCGUGCAGGAUCAGCUAUAGAAAUAUGGAACAACAAAUAUUUAUCGGUUUUCAAUUGCACAUUUUCUGAUAACAAAGCUUUCAAAGAUGACGUGUUUAUUGGAUCGACAGUCUACACUGAAUCCACUAUCCAACCAAACUCGAUAGAGAUCAAAAACAGUAACUUCAGAAAAAAUUACGGUGGCACAGUCUUCAUAAAAUACAGCAGCAAGUCCCAUAUCGAAAAUACUAGUUUUAUAGAUAAUCGUGCUGACGUGAGUGGUUUGGAAAUAUUUGUAACACAUUCAGAUUUGACGAUCAACAAUAUUAAUUUCACGAACAAUCUUGGCUACCUUUACGGUUCCAGCAGUAAAAUGUACUUUACUGGAUCAAUAGCAUUCACAAACAGCAUGUAUGGGGCAAUUGGAGCUGUUCUAUGUGACAUAUAUUUCAAGAGCACAGAGGAAAUAGCAAUCACAAAUAAUAGAGGAGGAUUUUUUGUGAGGGAGAGCACAUUGUCCAUAUUAUCCCCAAUUAAAAUAACUGGAAACAGAGUGGCAGCAUUCGGUGGUGCUAUACGUUCAUACUUGAGUACAAUUUUAUUCAAAUUGGAGACAAAUGUUGGAGAGAUUUUGAUUACAAAUAACUUUGCCGGUCAGAACGGGGGCGGUAUAUAUGCAAUAUCUUCACUAGUGAAAAUUUUUAAAUCAAAAGUCAGUAUUGGCUCGAACAUUGCCAGAUUUAAAGGUGGUGGACUAUACUUAGGGGGAAACACUAAAGUAUAUCUGCUCAAGGACAAAUUUGAGCUAAAAUACGAGACAAGCAUCAACUUAGAGGUGACUAGCAACACAGCUCUACAAGGAGGUGGUAUCUAUAUUGCUGAUAAUUCAACAGGAAGCUAUCAAUGCCAAGGAAAAAAACAGUCAGAGGAUCCAAAUAAAGAGUAUAUCAUCCAAGGUUGCUUUAUCAGUGCCCCUUUUUUAAAAAAACUUAACGCUUUAAAUAUUUUCUUUACUAAUAACUCGGCUGUAUCUGGGUCGGCAAUCUAUGGAGGCUUGCUUGAUAGAUGCACAACAAAUGCACUUGUUGAUAUAAAUGGUGUUGCCAAUAGACUACAAGAAUCAGUCAUGUUUCCAUGGAAUACAAUAUCUUCAGAACCAGUUAGAGUGGUAUUCUGUGACAGCUACAAUGCAUCUUCAAUGAUUUAUAAAAGGAAAGGAGAAGAAUUUUUGAUACAUCUUUCUGCAGUUGAUCAAGUCGGGAACCCAGUGAAUGCAACGGUUCACAGUACAGUCAUCACAGCGAGUGGAGUUGGUCGUUUAAAGGAAGGGCAGACAAAAAGGAUAGUUAGCAAUGAGUGCACAGAAUUGAAAUACAAUGUAUUUUCACAAGACAGCUCUGCUCUAGUGGAAAUCUAUGCUAAUGGACCAUGCCUCAAUUUGGGAAUUUCAAAGCAAACAUUUUCCGUGACCUUUCUUCCCUGCAAAUGUCCCAUUGGAUUUCAACCACAUCGGUCAGAAAUACAUUGCUUAUGUGAGUGCGACAAAAAGUUAGAGUCCCAUCAAAUACUUCACUGCUACCCUGAAGAUAAAGCUAUUCAAUUAGAAGGCAACAUUUGGAUUGGAACGACCAAUAGUACCAAUGAUACAGAAUUUGUUAUUAGUGACUGUCCAUUCGAUUACUGCGUAGAGAAACCACUGAACAUUAGCCUCAGCAGCCCACAACAGAUAGACAGACAGUGUGCCAACAAUCGAAGUGGUGUCUUAUGUGGAGAAUGUGAACGAGGAUUGAGUCUUGUGUUGGCUACUUCAAAAUGUAUGGAAUGUUCAAAUGUUUUUCUUUUCCUAAUAAUUCCAUUUGUUUUAGCAGGCCUAGUGCUUGUUGCUUUUAUUCUUUUGCUAAAUGUCACCAUAGCAACUGGAAAUAUUCACGGAUUAAUCUUCUACGCGAACAUACUAGCAGCAAAUAAAGCAACAUUCUUAUCACAAAACAAUUUUCUAACGGUAUUCAUAUCUUGGGUGAAUCUUGAUUUUGGAAUUGAAACAUGUUUUUACAAUGGACUGGACUCUACAGCAAAGGUGCUACUUCAACUUGUCUUUCCAGCUUAUUUGUUUCUUCUGAUGUUUCUCAUCAUCACUAUAAGCAAGUACUCAGACUCAUUCUCAAAGCUUCUCUCCAACAGAAACCCAGUUGCUGCUUUAGGCACACUUAUUCUACUCUCUUAUUCCAAACUCAUACGAUUCAUCAUAGCUGCAUUGCAGUCAGCCAGCUUGCUCUAUCCCCAAGGUUCACGUCAAACCGUUUGGCUGUACAAUGCCAACAUUCUAUAUUUCACUCCUCGUCACAUCCCUCAGUUUGUCGCUGCUGCCAUAGUCCUAAUUCUAAGUGGAAUGUUCACUGUACUGCUCUUUUGUGGACAAUGGUUCCCUCGGUGUUCAAAUUGGAAGCUCAUGAAAUGGACCAAGAACACAAAGUACACUGGCUUCAUGGACGCAUACCAUGCUCCAUUCACUCCCAAACAUCGCUACUGGGUGGGACUACUCCUCUUUACUUUGAUUGGUCAAAAUCUAAUAACUGCUAUCGCUAGAGACACUUUUUUCCCUGUGCUAUCCGCAGACAUUUUUGCUCUUGCACUCCUUGGUCUUAAACUAUUAAACAAUCCCAUUUACCAAACCUGGUUUACAAAUUCACUUGAAACACUUUUCCUCCUAAAUGUGGCCUUUUUAGCAAGUGGGACUUCUUAUGUGAGUGGCACUAAUGGAAAGCAAAUGAUUCUGGCAAACAUUUCAAUGGCUGUAGCUUUCAGCUUAUUUGUGGUAAUGAUUUGCUACCAUAGCUACAAGUUCGUACUAAAAAGCUCAAAAUUUACUGACUUGAAAAACUAUGCAUUGAGAAAAUGGCAAGCUAAUAACCAGCAAGCAAUGUACCACAUAACAAAUGCCAAUGACGAGGAACAAUUUGAAGUAGCCCAUUACGUCCAGCAAAGAGAUAACGUUGAUCCAACUACUUACGCAGAUGGAACCGGAGAGGUAGCUGACCCUAGCGACUUGAGGCCUGACCAGCUGAGGCUAUCAUACAUCGAUGAUCUGGCUCCAAUUACAGAACGCGACUACAGACCAGCCCCGCUCCUCGAGUUAAAAAUGCUCUAACCAUCACGUCAUACAUCUGUACACAGUUGAUCCAGCACAACAAGCAUUAACAUCACUAUAAAUAGCUAAGAUAUCCAGCACAAGCAUUAACGUCACUAUAGAUAGCUAAGAUAUAGCUAUAGAUGUGUUCACAGGACUGCAAUUGUCUUCUAAUUAACUAUAUCAACUGUAGA